AUGAAAAAAAAACAUAAAAAUAGAGAAAGUCCAAAACUCAAGAACUGUCCACACGCCCUUUCCACGUGUCAGAACACGUCAAUCUCACAACUAAAAGAGACAUCAUCUCCGAAUCACAGAAUGACAACAACACGUGCAGCAAUAGCCAUUGAGCUUUUGAAAAAUUAUCAUGGAGAGUUGGAUGAUAAUAAAAUUGUUUUACUUGGUAAAAUAGCACAUUACAUUUCUCUCGCACACAAAAACGAGAAGAUCGCAAUACCCGAAGAAAAUUACAUAGAGAAAGCUUUAUCGACGCAAACAGAGGAAGAUAUAACAAAUUUGAUCCUCGCGACUUUUGACGACCCGUCGAAAGUCAAUUUAGUCUUACUCAAGAAAGAGAUCGCAAAGACUCCAAUGGACACGAUGGACUUUCUUAAAGACGUCACAGAGAUACUGAGUUGCUCAGAGAACAAACACUUGAGUCUCCAGACCCUUUCAAAGAUCGGAGAAAUAGCACGGUCUCUGUACGCAGCAACAUUUGGAUGCAUCAACGAGACUAUUAAAAUGGAAGAGGAGAAGUCUGGCUCUUCCCCUUCACAGUCCGAAGCAGAGAACAUUCCCAUUGCAAACUCGGAAGACAAUUCAAAGGUACCAGAAGUUGAUGUGAAUGUGAAAUUCACUGAAAGACUUAAAACUCUUGGCGUUGAUUUGGACAAGAUCGAUAGGAAGCUUAAAGUCUUUGAAACCCAAUUUGACGAACAUGGGGAGGACGUGGAAUACUUUAUGAAAGCCAAAUCGCCAUCAAAAGAAGUAGAAAAUAUGAUUCGAGGGGGCAUUGAAAUUAAUGAGCUCUCAAUGAAGGUAUUACUCGAUUUGGACUCAUAUCUUGGACUUAACGACGAGAACAAAUCGAAGAGGAAAGACCUCAUUAUUAACAUCCAAGACAAGCUGGACGAAGUGGAGAAGAAGAUCAAGCGCCUUCGUGUCACAAAACUGAAAGUCGACAAGAAGCUUGACGACGAGAGAAAAGUUAAAGAAGCCAUUGAACAGGAACGCCUUGCAAAAGAGAAAGCAAUGAAAGAAGAAGAAGCGAGAAAGAUGGAAGAGGAGAAGAGUGAAGAUGAGCGGAACCAAGAACUUCUUGCGAGACAAAAAGAAGAAGAAGCGCGGAAACGUGAGGAAGCCGAGAGACAACGUGUCAUUGAGGAAAGGAAGGAGAAGAAACGCAAAGAACUUGAGGAGCGUCAAAAACAGAACCAGCGGUAUGUGAAGCCAAAGAGAACAUAUAACGAACAAGAAGAUGAAGAGCAUGAGACGAUGAAAGAGAAGAAGAAUUAUGGAGAGAUCAUUAGAAAUAGUAUCGACUGGAAAGCAAUGAAACUGCCUGUCAAAUUUGGAGUACAGGAACGUGGGAACAACAUUGUUGUUGUUGGGAAUAUCAGUGGGUUGAAUGAAGAUGAUAUUAACGUCGAAAUCACCAAAAGCGGGUAUUUAAAGAUCAGUGGAGUCAAAGAACCAAAUGAGCAAGAGAUGUCAUUAAUGGUAAGGUCAGUUAAACAAAGAUAUGGAGAAAUUGAAGACGAUGAAAUGGUUGAAAUGGUCUCGAAAUAUUGUAAAGGAAGGUUUGGUAUGUUUAGCCAGAUAUAUGAAAUCCCAGAAUAUGUCGAUGUACAGGGAAUUACAAUGAAUUAUGACGAAGAUAUCCUCACCGUCACUCUUCCUAAGAAAUAUAGAAGACAAGAAAGAUCUCCCUUUGGAAAUUACAACAUGGGUUAUAACCCAUUUUGGUGA